CCUAGUGAGGAGAAGCGGCUCGGAAAAUGGAUGGAGGGGUACCACGUCAUAUUUUUUUAGUUAGUUUAACUUGAGGCAAAAUUACGACAAACCUUUUUAAUCAGUCUCUUAUCGGAAGGUGGCUCCAUUUUAGAAACUUUUGAGUUCUAGACUUUGCAGAGGUUUCGUUCCGAACCCAAUCACACAAAACACAAAAUGAUGCAAGUGGUGAAUUUUAUAGAUAAUUUAAUAAUCAGAGGUUUCUACAGGAUAAAACACAGACAAACACAAAACAAACAAGGUACAGAUGAACAUCGGCAAAGAAAGGGAUUUGUGACGUGAGAUGAGCAGAAUGGGCGUGUAGUGAAUGCUAGGAUUAUUUUGUGGUGUAAAACCAGUGGAAUAAAAUAUUAAUUGGAUUUAAGAUAACGAGACCAUUUCCUCACCCUGCAUUGCUCCAACCUCAUCCUCUUUCAUACCUGUAAUGAAUAUUUCAAAGGUUGUGUGGAGAACAUUACUAUUUUCCAUGUGACAUUUGUGGUGUGGAGUGGAACAUUUCAUCUGGUUCAGUUAACAACAUAUUUGACGUUAGACAUUAGACUAGUGGCGUUCAUGUAAAAAUGUUAAAAUAUUAACUCCCAGUCGAGUCACAGACUGUCUUAUGAAUCCAUGUCUGUAGUGUUGUUCGUCGCCCGUGGGUGUUGGUGUGGACUGUUCCAACUCAGCCUCGGGCUGGGCGUUUGGGUGGCAACACACCCGUGUCUCAACACUUGGAAGAACCACACACAGCCCAAGGGAGAGAAGGGUGAUGACCACGGCGGCACACCCUGGGGAGAGGGAAAAGGAGGGAACAGGCCCGAGGUGCAGUCGCACAGCCCCCAAGCUCAACCCGGAGACCAGGACGACACCCCCGGAGUGGGGGCAACGGGCAUCACCCGGGGACGAAGAGCAGACCCAGGAUCGGGAUCGCCCAGGAGGGCAACACUGACACAACCAUACCCAACUGAUUCGCCUGCUGUGAACAUAACUACUGGAACUUGUGGUGUCACGGCAAAAUUCAAACCUUUGGCCAUCACCUCCUUGUCUGAUUUGGCAGUUCUACACAGCAGUCAUCAAAUUGGAGCUCAUCCAUCACAGUCUGGUUUGGUGAUGCCACAAAGAAGGACAAAAUCAGACUGCGACAGACAAAAUGUUUCAAAUUGUUCACACUGCCAGAACUAAGACAAGGGCAUACAAAAUCCUCAUGGACCCGGCACAUCCUGGUCUCCAUCUAUUCCAGCUUCUUCCCUCAGGUAGGCACUAUCAAACAAUGCAAACUAAAACCAGCAAAUAUUACAACAGCUUCUUCCCUCUUGCCAUCAACCUCUUAGUUGACUUACGAUUUCAUUGUAACAUGCUGCCAAUUUUGCACAUGGGAACACUUCUACAUUAUUCGUGCACACACUAUUUUAUCACGCUGCACUUUUUAGAUACUGUUGUUGAUUACUACCGGCCACUUGUGUUUGAGAACCGUGUACCAUUUGCACAAUUGUCACUGUACCAGAUCACCGCACUAUUUGUCACUUUAAAUUGCUCUAAAUUGCUUGAGAAUUCUGCAUCAUUUACACACUGUCAUUAUAUCAGCAUCACCACACUCG